GCUCAAUCGUCUCAUAUUCUAACCAAAAAUUUAGUUUCCUUUACGAGAACAACGCCUUUUAGUAAACAUGGACGACGAUAUGAUAUUUGAUCCUUCGUUGAAGAAGAAAAAGAAAAAGAAGACUGGUUUUGAUUUAGAAGCUGCUCUUGCUGGUGAGCAAGGUGAGAGCACGAGUAUGGAGACACCCGCAGAUACAGGUGACGUCGACGCGCCCGAAGACGAUAACCUCGAUUUAGACAAUUUUGGCAAAAAGAAAAAGAAAAAGAAGAAGACGUUUUUCAAUCUCGGAGAAUUAGAAAAUGCCUUGCCUGAAACACCGCCAACCGAAGAACCGGAAGCGCAGGAAGACGAAGUAAUGGAUGAUCUAGAUUUGGAUAUAGAUUUCACUAAGACGAAAAAGAAAAAGAGGAAGAAGGAUAAAAAUGUAGAUGAACUGGUCACAGAAGAAGAUGUCAGAGGAGAAGAUCAAGAAAAUGUGGAAGAUGAGCACGGUGAAUGGGUUGGAAGUGAUCAUGAUUACUCAUAUGACGAACUUCUAGAACGAGUUUUUGAUAUUAUGCGGGAAAAGAACCCAAGCAUGGUAUCUGGUAAAAAGCAAAAGUUCAUAAUGAGACCACCCCAAGUAGUCCGAAUUGGUACAAAGAAAACCUCCUUUGCCAAUUUUACGGAAAUUUGUAAAACUUUGCAUCGGCAGGCCAAGCAUUUGUUGGAUUUUCUUCUGGCGGAAUUGGGUACUAGUGGUUCAGUGGAUGGAAACAGUCAACUAAUUAUCAAAGGUCGCUUCCAACAAAAACAGAUAGAGAAUGUUUUACGUCGGUAUAUAAAAGAGUAUGUAACAUGUCAUACAUGCCGCUCCCCUGAUACAAUUUUACAGAAAGAUACUAGAUUAUUCUUCCUUCAAUGUGAGACAUGUGGGUCUCGUUGUUCAGUGGCUAGCAUUAAAUCUGGUUUCCAAGCUGUGACUGGCAAGCGUGCUGCCAUCCGUGCAAAGACUGCAUAGAAAAUUAGUGCUUAGUGAUUAACUAAUUUUACAGUAAUGGUUUGGG